AGAGCAUAGAGUUUCACCAGGGGCCAAAAGUCCUUUUUCCGUUGGAGAAGAAAAUGGUGAAAUGAGGAAAAUGGAGGGUGCGUAAUAGAAUCUGUUAGAGCCUUGCCCACUGUAAGUUCUAGGAAGAAGAGCAGGGGACACGGAGAAAGAGGCGUCUGGCUCGAGAUCCAAGAAGACUGGCUGACACCCCCAACUCUCCUAUGAGUGCUGAGCAGUGUGCCCCCAGAUCAGUUGUCAUGGAUGAGCAACUGUAUCUUCUUUACCAGCCUGAAGUCCUGCUUCACACUGGUCCCCAACAGGAAAACCAAGUGCCUCUGAUGCUGCGCUGGCCGACAGUAUUUAUCAAUAUAACCUGUACUCCAGUGACUUUGAACCCCCAAAUGACCCUUUCUUUCACCUGGGAUCUCAGCCAGCCCAUGACUAUACCCUACUCGUUCUCUAAUGUGAUCAUGCAGCCCAGCGCCAGCACUGCCCCUCCAGUUCAGCCAGCACAGGUCUCCAACAUCUCUUCCCAGAACCCUGGCACUGCUAAUCAGGCCCCUGUCAUCUGCACCCAGAGCAACAACGUUUCUAACCAGGUCCCCGAAGUCGACACCCAGGACCCAGUUGCCUCCAACCAGGGCAGCUUCUCUGCUGAGGAAGACAGGCAGAAGGUCAUGGAUGCUGCCGAGGCUCUCCUGAUUCUGCAUAACUCCCCUCAGGCAUGCCAAGAGACUGGCAGCACCCCCGGUACUGACGGGAGUGAAGACUGAGGCUAUCCUGCCUCUCCCGGUCACCUCAGACUACAUGCUCUGCUUCACUGACUGACGACUGGUCAUCUGGUCACACCCCACUCUGCGACUCAGAGAGUCAAAGAGGCGGCCUCACCAAGGACUACCUGUUACAUGUGUCUGUUUCUUAACUUAGGCAAUGUAGUUCCUGUCUGAAAUCAGAAAUUCCUCCUUAACGCUUUUGCGUUUUAGGGCCUUCAAACCCUUAGUGUGAGGUAGGGAAAUGUUUUAACCAUGGCUGUAUGUUCUGGAACUUGCAUUGAUUCCCCUCCCCCUUGGGAGACUUGGAUCCUCCUGUGUGCUGUUAAUACUGCUCCAUGCAGCAUAUUAUGAACUGUCUCUGUUCACAAGGUUCUGAGCUUAUUCCUAAGGCAACGUUUCUUUUCUUUUCUAUUUUCAUUUUAUUUUGUCUCUCCAUGGUUUGCAUACUUGGCUAUUCUUGUGUGUAGCCAUGCCUUUAGAUACAUCAGGAUGCUCACCUGUGCCUAGGAAUCUGUACAUGACCUGGAAUAAAGCUUCCCUGUUGUAAAGC